AUGACAGCAAGACACCAAGAAAGGGAGCUGAAGGUCCCCUCAAAGAGUCAUUCAGUUUGUUCCACGAGGGUUAGGAGAGUGAAUCUUAAUCUUAGUGUGAGGAAGAGGCCAAUUGGUUCUUGGAUCAUUCCACCCCGUACAUGCAUCAACUUGGUAUCAGAGCCGCGUUUCGAGGAGGGACACGAUCAAGAAGAGUCGAGAAGAUCAGGUAAAAGAGGGCAAUAUACACACCUGGUAAGAACAAUUUGGAAAAUCAGGUUGUGCCAUUUUUUUGUUCAAUUUCACGAAUACAGGUACCAUACAGAUGAGAUACAGCAAGCUGUAGGAACCUUACAACAAGAAGAACAAAACAAAGCCAAAGCAGCAAGUGUUAGCAAGCACAAUAAGCAGCAGAACAACAUUGUAGCUGAGAAUCUUCUGAAGUUCAACGGAAUUUUGGAAACCUUCAACGUGGAUGACCACAAUAAGCAUAAGGGUAACGCAGAAUUGAGGACAAUUCUGUUUAAAGAAGGAGGGACUGAUGCAAUUAUAGGUAGCCCACAAUCCAAGUCAAAAGAAGAACAGCAUAAUUGCAUCAUUGUGCUUACUCAACCCAUUGAACCUAUGAAGUGCUUGGAAAAUAAAGAGGAUGAUCAUCAAAAUAGACUAAGCAUAAACAUGGAAUUAAGACAAAGACAAGAAGGAACACAAGGAAGUCUCCUAACAGCCAUCAAGCAAAACAGGAACAUGAACCAGUUCCCAAGUCUACAAACAGCAGAAUCAACAAAACAUCACAUUGCCUGCCAGCCUACCUUUCGAGCAUUAGAACGUCUAGCUUUGUGCAUGCAUGAGCAUGGAGAUCCAAGGAAUGGCAUCUCUAGACAUGUAAGAUUACACCAAGACUCAGAGGCAUCACAACGGACCCUCACAGAAGCCACAAGACCAGCUCCAAGGUCGCUUGUUCGCCUGACGUUUGAUAAUGGCUGA